CGGCUUUUCCCGGCCGGGGCCCCAACGGAGAAUGAGCCGGAGGCGGUGGCGGGCUCCCGGCGGAGCGGCCGGGCUGGGAGCAUGCUGCGCUGGUUCAUCACGGUCCUCCUGUGUGCCGCCUUCCUGGGGCUGGGAAUGAGUGUCGCUAUACUGGGACCCACGUUUCAAGAUUUGGCAACAAAUGUGAACCGCAAUAUCAGCAGUCUUUCUCUGAUUUUUGUGGGCCGUGCCUUUGGAUAUUUGGGUGGCUCUGUGAUUGGUGGAGUUCUUUUUGACAUUAUGAAUCAUUUUCUUCUUUUGGGGAUGUCAAUGUUCGCUACCACAAUUGGUCUUUAUCUUGUUCCAUUUUGUAAGGCCGCGGUGGUACUGAUUGUCAUGAUGUCCAUCUUUGGUGUUUCAGUUGGCAUCCUGGAUACAGGUGGUAACGUCCUAAUCUUGGCUAUUUGGGGGGACAAAGGAGCCCCCCAUAUGCAGGCCUUACACUUCAGUUUUGCCUUGGGUGCCUUUUUGGCUCCCCUGCUGGCUAAAUUGGCAUUGGGCAGGAUGGUGUCUGCUGAAAACCACACAGAGGCUGACUUUAACCAUUCUGCCCUCAACCAGUCAUCUGAAGCUGACUCAGAAUCUCUGCUUCGAAUACCUGACGAUAUGAAUUUACUGUGGGCUUACGCUGUUAUCGGUACUUAUAUUUUUGUAGUUUCUCUCUUUUUUUUCGCUCUGUUUGUAAAGAAAAGCUCAAGGCAGGAUAAAGCAAAAGUAUCUACUCAGAGGUUUCGAAGAGCUAAAUAUCACAAUGCCCUUCUUUGUCUCCUUUUUCUGUUCUUCUUUUUUUAUGUUGGAGCCGAGGUAACAUAUGGCUCUUACGUUUUCUCCUUUGCAACCACCCAUGCUGGCAUGAAAGAAAGUGAAGCGGCUGGGUUGAACUCCAUCUUCUGGGGGACCUUUGCAGCCUGCAGGGGUAUGGCAAUCUUUUUUGCUACAUGUUUACAACCUGGAACCAUGAUUGUGUUGAGCAACAUUGGCAGCCUGGCUUCAUCUUUAUUUCUGGUGCUUUUCAACAAGAGCCGAGUUUGUCUCUGGAUAGCAACUUCAGUGUAUGGCGCCUCAAUGGCAACCACAUUUCCCAGUGGUGUGUCUUGGAUUGAGCAGUACACGACCAUCCAUGGGAAAGCUGCAGCAUUUUUUGUAGUCGGUGCUGCCCUGGGAGAAAUGGCUAUUCCUGCAGUAAUUGGAAUUCUUCAAGGAAAAUACCCUGAUUUGCCUGUAGUUUUGUACACCUGUUUGGGGUCAUCAGUAGCCACUGCUGUUUUAUUUCCUGUGCUGUAUAAAUUAGCCACCUUGCCUAUCAGUCGUCAGCAUAAAGAACAUAGUAAAAGCGAGGACCAGAAAGCUUUGCUCUCUAGCUCUGGGCUAAAUGACUAUGAGGAAGAGAAUGAAGAAGAUGAUGCAGAAAAAUGGAAUGAAAUGGACUUUGAAGUGAUCGAAAUGAAUGAUACAAUGAGGAAUUCUGUAAUAGAGACAUCUAGAUAUAUUUUGAUGGAGCCCACAGCUGACGUCUCCAACCAGUCCCACUCAAAUGCGUUAAUGUUUGAGUCCUCUCCGGUUAAUAUGGGCAAGUCCCCUGUGAAUCACUUGCAAGAAACCAGGACAAAAGGGACUAAGGGCUAGAGAAGAUGAAUUAUUUACUGACUUCCCUGAAUAAUCACCAGUUGUAAAGAGGCCAGUCAGAGCAAAGCAUAACAGAUUUUCAACAAUCUUUGGGGGUCAAAAUUUCUAGGUCCAAGUAUAGCAAAUGCUAAAAGGUUUUGAAAUGUUUUGUCAUUCCCAGAGCCUUUCGUAAAGAACCAAUGAUCUCAUACAACUGGAUCCUGUUGUGAGGCUAGCGUUUGGUGGCAUGUGGCUGAUUAGGCAAUAUUUUCUGGUCUCAGAGUGUGCAGAGAAGGCAUUUGUUUUUGAGAAGUUGGGUGCCAUUCAGAUAGAAUGAAACUGUUUAGUAGUUGAAUUGGUUAGCUGAAC